GAGGCGAGCGGGCACAGAAGGCGAAGGGGCAGGCGGGGAGAAGGGGGGACGAGAAGGGGGAGAGGACCGCGACAGAAACAGGAGAGGCGGAGGGCACGCGGCGGAGGGAGAGGGGGAAGAAGAGGAGGCGAGAGGGAGAGACGAGGGAAGAGGGGGCAGGGGGGGAAAAAGGGCGGCGAACGAGGCCGAGGAAGGAGGACCAGGGGGGGGCGGCAAGAACAGAGGCACACAAAACCGAGCGCGGAGCAAGGGCCAGAGCGGAAAGGGAGGGGAGAAAGGCAGAGGGACAGGAGGGCGGCAAAAGCGGAACCACGAGCAGAAGAAGCGGGAAGAGGCAAGGCACCCGGAAGGGGACGGGCACGAAGCAAAGAGGGGGAGGAGCGGGGAGAGGGCGGGGAAGAGGAAGAGGAGGGGCGAGGGGAAGAGGGCGGGGGAACGGCAACCAAGGAGGAGGACGGGGGAACGCCAACCAAGGAAGAGGGGGAGGGAAGACCAAACAAGGGAAAGGGCCAGGGCAGGGCGACAAGGGGGGCAAGGAGGGGCACAAGAGGGCAGAGGGGGGGAGAAGGAGGACAACAAGCGGGGAAAGCAAGCAAACAGGGCGGAAAAGACGGCGGAAAAGGCGGGGGAGAGGCGGAAACCGGACGGGGGCCAGCGAGAGGGGGCGGCAGAGAAGAACAGAGGGGGCGGGGAGACGGGGGGGAGGAACCAGAGGGGGGGGAAGAAAGAAGGGGGGCGGAACGGGAGGAAGCAGGCCGGGCGGAAGGGACAGGGGGCAAGAAGGCAAAGGGGCCAAGGGGGGGAAAAGGGAAAAGCGCGAGGCAGGGGAAGGAGGGGACGCACAAGGGGAGAGCCGAGGGGGGCGAGGGGCCGGAACGACACCAAAAGGGGGGGAGGAGGGGCAGGGGCAGAAAAAGGAGAGAAGAGACAGAGGGCGCAGGGGGGGGGACCAGGGCAGAGGCGAAAGGAGGGGGAGGGCAAAGGGAAAGAGGGCCCAAAAGCGACGAGGGCCGGGGAAAAGGAAGCAGACGCGCCGGGCGGGCGGGAAGGCGGAAGGGGGGAGGAGAAGGGGGAGGGCAGAGGCGGGGGGGCAGGGCAGGGCGCGGGAGGAAACGAGCGGGCGAGAAAGGAACGGGGGGCGGAGGGACCGGGGGGAAGGGCCCGGAGCGGAGCGGGGAGAGGGGGGGAGGGGGAAGAAGCAGAGAGAGCCCGGGCCCGGGGGCAAGGCAAGGAGAGCCGACAAAACAGGGGGAGAGGGGGCACGCAGACCGGGGGCGGGGGAGGGGCCCGCACAGGGAGGGGGGAAGGACGGGAGGACGGGCAGGGAGGAGGGCAGGAGGAAAACAGGGGGGACGGGCGGAAGCAAAAGGCGGAAGCAGGGGAGGGGGCAAACAAGGGAAGGCGGGGGGGAAAAGCAAAGGGGGGAGGAAAGGAAAAGCGGGAGAACGGAGAGAGGGACAGAAGAGAGGGCGGGGAGAAGGGGCGGAAAGAAAAGGGGAGGCAGCACCAAGAGGACAGCGAGAGACACGCCACAACAAAACGGAGGGGCGGAGAGGAAGAAGAGGGCAAGCAGGGAGAGGGGAAGGGGCAGGGGGAAAGCCAAGAAGCGGCCGAAGCCGGGGGGGCAGAAGCGGGGGCGGGGCGGGCGAGGGGGGAAGAGGGGGCCAACGAAGAGGGGCCGGGAGAAGACAGCCCGAAGAAGCGGGGAGGGGGAGAAAACCCGCGAGCAAAGAGCGCAAGGGGGGGGAGGGGGGCAGAGGCCACAGGGCCGAGAGCCAGGGAGAAAGAAGGGGGAGGAGAAAGGGGAGAAGGGCAGAGGCAGGGGGAGAGGGACGCGGCAAAGGCGGAGAAACGAGACAAGCCGGAAACGAAAAAGGGGGGAGAAGGCGGGAGGGCACGGGGAGGAAGAGGGGGCCGGGGAGGGGGAGCGAAAGAGGAAAGGGCAGGGGGGAGGCCGGGGGGGAAAAGAGGGGGAAGAGCAACCGAGGCCAGAGAAGGGCCAGGCGCCGGCACAGCCAGAGGCGGCAGGGCGACGAGCGCAGCGCGAGCGCCACGGACCAGCGCGCGGGCAAGAGGAGGGGGGGGGCAGGAGAAGGACCGGGCGGAGGAAGAGAGGAGGCAAGGGGCGCGCGGGGCAGAGGGGGAGCCGGGAACGGGGAGGAGGCGGCGACAGAAACGCAGGGGCGGAAGGCGAGGGAGGAGGAGAGACGGGCCAGGGAAAAGAAGGGGACCGGGGAGGGAACAGAGGGACCGCCGGGAAAGAAGCCAAGGGGAGGGAAGGGGGGGACAGAACGAAGGACAAGGCAAAGGGAGAAAGGGACCGGGGGAAGGCACGGGGAGGAGCAAAGGGGGACAAGCAGAAACCAGGGAGGGAGGAGGGGAGGGGGGGCGCCGGGAAGGAGACGGGAGACAGGCGAAGGGGGAGGGCGCGGGCGGCGCAAAAGGAGGGGAAAGGGCAGCAAAGGGAGGGCAAGGCGGCGGGGGAAGGGGGGCGGGAAGAAGAAAGAGAGGGGAGCAACCGGCAGGAGGGCGGAAGAAAGGGGAGGAAAAGAAAGGGGACAGGGGGAGAAAAGCCGGGAGGGCGGAAAGCAAGCGCCGAGGGCGGGGGAGGGGGCAGGGACGCAGAGGGGGGGAAAGGGGGGGAGGAGAGGGCCGCAGGAACACACGGGGGAGGGCAAAGGCACGGAGGCGGGGGAGAGGGGCGAAGCGGGCGGGAGGGGGAGGAGCGGGGGGGACGGGAAACAACGGGAAGCGAAGCGCAGAAGGCAGGGAGGCACGCAGGAAGAGGGGGAAAGGACGAGAGGGGCCGGAGGGCGGACGGGCGGGGCCGGGAGGGGGGCAGAGGGAGGGGGGAAGCGGGAGGGCACAGAAGAAGGAGGCGGCGGAGAGGGGGAAAAAAGGGCAAAAGGGAAAACGCCAAACCAGGGGCAACGCCUGCCGGGAGAGGAAAAUAAAACGGAAAAGGAAAGGGGCCAAAGAGGAGGGGGAAGAAGGGGAAGGGGACAGAGGAGAAAAGCGGAAGGGGAAGGGGAGGGAGCGGGGGCAACAAGGCCAGAGAGGGGGUGGAGGGGGAAGACGGAGCAGCAGGCAGGGAGGACCAAAAGAAGCACAGGGGGCGGCCAGCAAAGCGAAGGCGGAGAGAGGGGAAAGGGACGGAGGAAGGAGGGACGGGGGACGCGAUCGAAGGAAACGGGGGAACUGGGGGGGGGAACACAGGCAGGGAGGGGCGGGAGAGGAGGGAGACCAGAAAAACACAGCAGGAGUAGGCCGGCGAGCGUGGGGGCGCCAGAUGGGCGGCGGGCGGCAAAAGAAGCAGCAGAUGGGUUAG